AUGGCUCAUGUAUCCCGCCGGCAGGUGAGCCAGGACGGGAAGUCCCUGCUUGACAAGCUCCAGCGGCCCCUGACACCCGGCAGCUCCGACUCACUCACGGCCUCGGCCAACUACUCGAAGGCCGUGCACCACGUCCUAGACGUCAUCCAUGAGGUGCUGCACCACCAGCGGCAGCUGGAGAACAUCUGGCAACACCGCAAGGUGCGGCUCCACCAGCGGCUGCAGCUGUGCGUCUUCCAGCAGGACGUCCAGCAGGUGCUGGACUGGAUCGAGAACCACGGAGAAGCAUUUCUGAGCAAACACACAGGUGUAGGGAAAUCGCUCCAUCGGGCCAGGGCUUUGCAGAAACGUCAUGAGGAUUUUGAAGAAGUAGCACAGAACACAUACACCAAUGCAGAUAAGCUACUCGAGGCGGCCGAGCAGCUGGCCCAGACCGGGGAAUGUGACCCGGAAGAGAUCUAUCAGGCUGCCCACCAGCUCGAGGACCGGAUACAGGAUUUCGUGCGACGCGUCGAGCAGCGGAAGAUCCUCCUGGACAUGUCGGUGUCCUUUCACACCCAUGUGAAAGAGGCUGUGACAGACAGAAAGCAGAGCCAGCUGGACCUUCCUGAGGGAGGCGCGGUGGGCGGGGGGCUGCUGUUCCUCACCCAGGCUGCAGGGGCCGCUGUGGGCCUGGAUGGGCCCCUGGGCAGCAGCAGGAACUGCUGGGCCCGCCUCUGCCGCCCUCCCUCAGAGUCGGCGCCUCACUCCGGCCCCCGGGCCGGCCGGCGCCUCACUCUGACCCGCCUCACUCCGGCCCCCGGGCCGGCCGGCGCCUCACUCCUCACUCCGGCCCCGGGCCGGCCGGCGCCUCACUCUGACCCGCCUCGCUCUGGCCCCCGGGCCGGCCGGCGCCCCGCUCUGGCCCCCGGGCCGGCCAGCAGAACCUUGCCCCGUGUUCUUCCCCAGCUGCAUCCACGGCAGUGCCCGCGGCAGAGGCAGCGGCUCCGGGCGGCCUUUGCUCCUGGCUCCAUCACGGACUCAGCCAUCUCUAGCAACAAGACGCCGCACAACAGCUCCAUCAGCCACAUCGAGACGGUGCUGCAACAGCUGGACGAGGCCCAGGCGCAGAUGGAGGAGCUCUUCCAGGAGCGCAAGAUCAAGCUGGAGCUCUUCCUGCAGCUGCGCAUCUUCGAGCGGGAUGCCAUCGACAUCAUCUCAGACCUGGAGUCUUGGAACGAUGAGCUUUCUCAGCAAAUGAACGACUUCGACACGGAGGACCUGACGAUCGCGGAGCAGCGCCUGCAGCACCACGCGGACAAGGCGCUGACCAUGAACAACCUGACCUUCGACGUCAUCCACCAGGGGCAGGACCUGCUGCAGUACGUCAACGAGGUGCAGGCCUCCGGCGUGGAGCUGCUUUGCGACAGAGAUGUGGACAUGGCCACGCGGGUCCAGGACUUGCUGGAGUUCCUGCACGAGAAGCAGCAGGAGCUGGAUCUCGCGGCCGAGCAGCACCGGAAGCACCUGGAGCAGUGCGUGCAGCUGCGCCACCUGCAGGCCGAGGUCAAGCAGGUGCUGGGCUGGAUCCGCAACGGAGAGUCCAUGCUGAACGCCGGGCUCAUCACGGCCAGCUCGUUGCAGGAGGCGGAGCAGCUGCAGAGGGAACACGAGCAGUUCCAGCAUGCCAUCGAGAAGACACACCAGAGCGCCCUGCAGGUCCAGCAGAAGGCCGAGGCCAUGCUGCAGGCCAACCACUACGACAUGGACAUGAUCCGGGACUGCGCCGAGAAGGUGGCCUCGCACUGGCAGCAGCUCAUGCUGAAGAUGGAAGACCGGCUGAAGCUGGUGAACGCGUCCGUGGCCUUCUACAAGACCUCGGAGCAGGUCUGCAGUGUGCUGGAGAGCCUGGAGCAGGAGUACAAGAGGGAAGAGGACUGGUGCGGAGGGGCUGACAAGCUGGGCCCCAACUCUGAGACAGACCACGUCACCCCCAUGAUCAGCAAGCACCUCGAACAGAAGGAAGCGUUCCUGAAGGCUUGCACGCUUGCCAGGAGGAACGCGGACGUCUUCCUGAAGUACCUGCACAGAAACAGCGUGAACAUGCCCGGCAUGGUGACCCACAUCAAAGCCCCCGAGCAGCAAGUGAAAAAUAUCUUGAACGAGCUCUUCCAGCGGGAGAACAGGGUAUUGCACUACUGGACCAUGAGAAAGCGGCGGCUGGAUCAGUGCCAGCAGUACGUGGUCUUCGAGCGAAGCGCCAAGCAGGCUCUGGAGUGGAUCCACGACAGCGGGGAGUUCUACCUCUCCACCCACACCUCCACGGGCUCAAGCAUCCAGCACACCCAGGAGCUGCUGAAGGAGCAUGAGGAGUUCCAGAUCACCGCCAAGCAAACCAAAGAGAGAGUGAAGCUAUUGAUACAGCUGGCCGACGGCUUUUGUGAGAAGGGGCAUGCCCAUGCGGCAGAGAUCAAAAAAUGCGUCACUGCUGUGGAUAAAAGGUACAGAGACUUCUCUCUGCGGAUGGAGAAACACCGGACCUCUUUGGAGAAAGCUCUGGGCAUUUCUUCAGAUUCCAACAAAUCGAGCAAAAGUCUUCAGCUGGAUAUCGUUCCGGCCAGUAUCCCCGGCUCAGAGGUGAAACUCCGAGAUGCCGCCCAUGAACUUAAUGAGGAAAAGCGGAAAUCUGCCCGCCGGAAAGAGUUCAUAAUGGCUGAGCUGAUUCAGACUGAGAAGGCCUACGUGAGAGACCUCCGGGAGUGUAUGGAUACCUACCUGUGGGAAAUGACCAGCGGCGUGGAGGAGAUCCCCCCAGGCAUUGUGAACAAAGAGCUCAUCAUCUUCGGGAACAUGCAGGAGAUCUACGAGUUUCACAAUAACAUAUUCCUAAAAGAGCUGGAAAAAUAUGAGCAGUUGCCAGAGGACGUGGGACAUUGCUUUGUAACCUGGGCAGACAAGUUUCAGAUGUAUGUCACGUAUUGCAAAAAUAAGCCUGAUUCUACUCAGCUGAUAUUAGAGCAUGCAGGAUCCUACUUUGAUGAAAUACAGCAGCGACAUGGAUUAGCCAAUUCCAUCUCCUCCUACCUUAUUAAACCGGUUCAGCGAAUAACAAAGUAUCAGCUCCUUUUAAAAGAGCUGCUCACGUGCUGCGAGGAGGGGAAGGGGGAGAUCAAGGACGGGCUGGAGGUGAUGCUCAGCGUGCCCAAGCGGGCCAAUGACGCCAUGCACCUCAGCAUGCUAGAAGGGUUCGACGAGAACAUUGAGUCUCAGGGAGAGCUGAUCCUGCAGGAAUCCUUCCAAGUGUGGGACCCCAAAACCUUAAUCAGAAAGGGCCGUGAGCGGCACCUCUUCCUGUUUGAGAUGUCCUUGGUGUUUAGUAAAGAAGUAAAAGAUUCCAGUGGCAGAAGCAAGUACCUUUAUAAAAGCAAAUUGUUUACCUCAGAGCUGGGUGUCACAGAGCACGUUGAAGGAGACCCUUGCAAAUUUGCACUGUGGGUGGGGAGGACGCCAACUUCAGAUAAUAAGAUUGUCCUUAAGGCCUCCAGUAUCGAGAACAAGCAGGACUGGAUCAAGCAUAUCCGGGAGGUGAUCCAGGAAAGGACCAUCCACCUGAAAGGCGCCCUGAAGGAGCCCAUCCACAUCCCAAAAACGGCUCCAGCUACGAGACAGAAGGGAAGGAGGGAUGGAGAGGAUUUGGACAGCCAAGGAGACGGCAGCAGCCAGCCCGAUACGAUUUCAAUCGCCUCCCGGACGUCUCAGAACACUCUGGACAGCGACAAGCUGUCCGGCGGCUGCGAGCUGACCGUGGUGAUCCACGACUUCACGGCCUGCAAUAGCGCCGAGCUCACCAUCCGCCGCGGCCAGACGGUGGAGGUCUUGGAGCGGCCCCACGACAAGCCCGACUGGUGCCUGGUGCGGACCACCGACCGGUCGCCCGCGGCCGAGGGCCUGGUCCCCUGCGGUUCCCUGUGCAUCGCCCACUCCAGGAGCAGCAUGGAGAUGGAGGGCAUCUUCAACCACAAAGACUCGCUGUCCGUCUCCAGCAACGACGCCAGCCCGCCCGCCUCCGUGGCCUCCCUCCAGCCGCACAUGGUGGGGGCGCAGAGCUCGCCGGGCCCCAAGCGCCCGGGCAACACGCUGCGCAAGUGGCUGACGAGCCCGGUGCGGCGGCUGAGCAGCGGCAAGGCGGACGGGCACGUGAAGAAGCUGGCGCACAAGCACAAGAAAAGCCGCGAGGUGCGCAAGAGCGCCGACGCCGGCUCGCAGAAGGACUCGGACGACAGCGCGGCCACCCCGCAGGACGAGACCGUGGAGGAGAGAGGCCGGAACGAGGGCCUGAGCAGCGGCACGCUCUCCAAGUCCUCGUCCUCGGGCAUGCAGAGCUGCGGAGAGGAAGAAGGGGAGGAGGGGGCUGACGCCGUGCCCCUGCCGCCCCCCAUGGCCAUCCAGCAGCACAGCCUGCUCCAGCCGGACUCCCAGGACGACAAGGCCUCCUCUCGGUUAUUAGUCCGCCCCACCAGCUCCGAAACGCCGAGUGCAGCUGAGCUUGUCAGUGCGAUCGAGGAACUCGUGAAAAGCAAGAUGGCUCUGGAGGAUCGUCCCAGCUCACUCCUCGUCGACCAGGGGGACAGCAGCAGCCCCUCCUUCAACCCUUCAGACAACUCCCUGCUGUCCUCCUCCUCGCCCAUCGAUGAGAUGGAAGAGAGGAAGUCCAGCUCUUUAAAGAGACGACACUACGUUUUACAGGAAUUAGUGGAGACAGAGCGUGACUAUGUGCGGGACCUCGGCUGUGUGGUGGAGGGCUACAUGGCACUUAUGAAAGAAGAUGGUGUUCCUGACGACAUGAAAGGCAAAGACAAGAUUGUGUUUGGCAACAUCCAUCAGAUUUACGACUGGCACAGAGACUUUUUUUUAGGAGAGUUGGAGAAGUGCCUUGAAGAUCCGGAAAAACUAGGAUCCCUUUUUGUUAAACAUGAGAGAAGGUUGCACAUGUACAUAGUUUAUUGUCAAAAUAAACCAAAGUCUGAACACAUUGUCUCAGAAUACAUUGACACCUUUUUUGAGGACUUAAAGCAGCGCCUGGGCCACAGGCUGCAGCUCACGGACUUGCUGAUCAAACCAGUGCAGAGGAUCACGAAGUACCAGCUGCUGCUCAAGGACUUCCUCAAGUAUUCCAAAAAAGCCAGCCUGGAUACAUCAGAACUAGAGAGAGCCGUGGAGGUCAUGUGCGUCGUCCCGAAGCGCUGCAACGACAUGAUGAACGUCGGGAGGCUACAAGGCUUCGACGGUAAGAUCGUGGCCCAGGGCAAGCUGCUCCUGCAAGACACAUUCUUGGUCACAGACCCGGACACGGGGCUGCUGCCUCGCUGCAAAGAGAGGCGGGUGUUCCUCUUUGAGCAGAUCGUCAUUUUCAGCGAGCCGCUGGAUAAAAAAAAGGGCUUCUCCAUGCCAGGAUUCCUGUUCAAGAACAGUAUCAAGGUGAGCUGCCUUUGCCUGGAGGAAAACGUGGAAAAUGAUCCCUGUAAGUUCGCUCUGACAUCGCGGACGGGUGACGUGGUAGAGACCUUCAUCCUCCACUCAUCCAGUCCAAGUGUCCGGCAGACAUGGAUCCAUGAAAUCAACCAGAUUUUAGAAAACCAGCGCAAUUUUUUAAAUGCCUUGACAUCACCCAUCGAAUAUCAGAGGAACCACAGCGGGGGCAGCGGCGGCGGCGGCGGCGGCAGCGGGGGCAGCAGCGGGGCCCCCAGCGUUGGGGGCGGCAGCAACCACGGCGGCGGCGGGGGUGGCCCCGGCGGCGGCGGCAGCGGCAGCUCCAGCAGAAGCAGACCCUCCCGGAUCCCCCAGCCCGUCAGACACCACUCCCCCGUGCUGGUCUCCUCUGCAGCCUCGAGCCAGGCAGAGGCAGACAAGAUGUCAGGUACGUGCACCCCGGGCCCGCCACCGCCUCCUCCCAGCCGCAGCCCCGCCCCGGAGGCUGGCACAGGCCCGCCCGGCAGGGCGCCUCCCGGCAGCGAGCCCGACGGUCCCGAGCGAGACGCCGAGCCGAUCCCCAAGAUGAAGGUGCUGGAGAGCCCCCGGAAGUCGUCUGGGGGCGCGCCGCCACAGGACGGAGCCGCCAAGGAGGCGCCGCGGAGCGGCCCGGGCCCCCUGCCGCUGGGCAAGGCCAGGCCCGGGGCCCCCUCGCCCCUGCACUCGCCUCUGGCCGCCGCCGCCGCCGCGUCCCCCUCUCCGUUCGGCAAGGAGCCCUUGCCCCCCAGCAGCCCCCUGCAGAAGGGGGGCUCCUUCUGGAGCUCCGUGCCCGCCUCCCCCGCCAGCCGGCCCGGCUCCUUCACCUUCCCGGGGGACAGCGACUCCCUGCAGCGGCAGGCGCGGCGCCACGCGGCCCCCGGCAAGGACGCGGACCGCAUGAGCACGUGCUCCUCGGCCAGCGAGCAGUCCGUGCAGUCCACCCAGAGCAACGGGAGUGAAAGCAGCAGCAGUAGCAGCAUCUCCACCAUGUUGGUGACACACGACUACACGGCAGUGAAGGAGGAUGAGAUAAACGUCUAUCAAGGAGAGGUCGUUCAAAUUCUGGCCAGCAAUCAACAGAACAUGUUUCUGGUGUUCCGAGCCGCCACUGACCAGUGCCCCGCAGCCGAGGGCUGGAUUCCGGGCUUCGUCCUGGGGCACACCAGCGCCGUCAUCAUGGAGAACCCUGACGGGACUCUCAAGAAGUCAACAUCUUGGCACACAGCACUCCGCUUAAGGAAAAAAUCUGAGAAAAAAGAUAAAGACGGCAAACGGGAAGGCAAGUUAGAGAACGGUUACCGGAAGUCUCGGGAAGGACUGAGCAACAAGGUAUCUGUGAAGCUUCUCAAUCCCAACUACAUAUAUGACGGUGAGUCCUGUUCUUUGUCUUGUUUAUCCUGUGGACCCAGGUUUUCUGUGGAGCUCUGGGCCUGGGCAGCAUCUCACUGGGCCCUGCCCUGCUGCAGCGACUUGGGAGAGGCUGCUCUGAAGAUCGUGGGUGUGACCACCGAGGACGAUGGCAUCUACACGUGCAUCGCGGUGAACGACAUGGGGUCAGCCUCUUCUUCAGCCAGCCUGAGGGUUCUAGGUCCAGGGAGUGACGGCAUCGUGGUGACCUGGAAGGACAACUUUGACUGCUUCUACAGCGAGGUGGCCGAGCUCGGCAGGGGCAGAUUCUCCGUCGUGAAGAAAUGUGAUCAGAAAGGCACCAAACGAGCCGUGGCCACUAAGUUUGUGAACAAGAAGCUGAUGAAGCGCGACCAGGUCACCCACGAGCUUGGGAUCCUGCAGAACCUCCAGCACCCGCUGCUGGUGGGCCUCCUGGACACCUUCGAGACCCCCACCAGCUACGUGCUGGUCCUGGAGAUGGCCGACCAGGGACGGCUUCUGGACUGCGUGGUGCGGUGGGGGAACCUCACAGAGGGGAAGAUCCGGGCGUACCUGGGGGAGGUUCUGGAAGCCGUGCGAUACCUUCACAACUGCAGGAUAGCGCACCUGGACCUAAAGCCCGAGAACAUCCUCGUGGAUCAGAGCUCAGCCAAGCCAACCAUCAAGCUGACCGACUUCGGAGAUGCCGUCCAACUCAACACGACCUACCACAUCCACCCGUUGCUGGGGAACCCCGAGUUCGCGGCCCCCGAGAUCAUCCUGGGGAACCCGGUCUCCCUGACCUCGGACACAUGGAGCGUGGGCGUGCUGGCCUACGUGCUUCUCAGCGGCGUGUCUCCCUUCCUGGACGACAGCGUGGAAGAGACCUGCCUCAACAUUUGCCGCCUGGACUUCAGCUUCCCAGAGGACUACUUCCAAGGAGUGAGCCAGAGGGCCAAGGACUUCGUGUGCUUCCUACUGCACGAGGACCCCGCCAAGCGCCCCUCGGCUGCGUCGGCCCUCCAGGAGCGGUGGCUGCAGGCGGGCCACGGCCACGGCAAAGGCGCGGGCGUCCUCGACACGUCCAGACUGACCUCCUUCAUUGAGCGGCGCAAACACCAGAACGACGUUCGACCUAUCCGUAGCAUGAAAAACUUCUUACAGAGCAGGCUUCUGCCUCGAGUUUGACCUGUCUUGAAGUCCUUUCUCAUUCUCUUUCACCUGCCAAUCAGCCGUUAAAUCUGACUUUUUUUUUUUUUUUGGAAGCGAAAACAACAAACCAACGACUGUGUAAGCAGUCCGCUGCCUGAUUGUCCCGUCGUGUGACACCGCGUGCGUUCCCGAGCGAGCCGUGCCCUGCAGCUGCCUGGGACUCGGGCCACAAGCCCUGUGGGGUGGGGGGGUGGAGGCCUUCUGGAACACUCUGCGAGAGCGGAGACAACAUUGCUGGGUCACAGUCUUUUAUUCAGGUUUCUGCAAAAAAAAAAAAAAAUUAAAAAGAAACUUUUUUAAAUGAACACGAAUAGCAUUUUGCAAAUUGAAAACAUUUUCCAGGAUUUAUUCAAGGAAACAAAUGCCUAUGUUCAACCACUGGUGUUAACGAACAAAACAAGAUACUGGACACCUCUGGGGAAGACACCCCCCCACCCUACCCCCAGCGGCAGCCUCAUCCAGCUCGGGGGUCCCCCUGGCUCUGAGCUUUUCCAGCUACCCCGUCUGUGUGCCUCUCGCCAGGACGCCAGACUGGGCUUCUGAAAUGUGCGUUCAACCUCAAACUUUUGCAUAAAAAUAGAAUGAAUCGUUUUGCUCUGAUGAAAUGUAGGCCUUACUUGUACAUAAGACUGGUCCUGCCUUCGGUCUGUCCUUUCUCCCCACCCCUGCCUUCCCACCCACCGCCCGGGGCUUCCUUUAGCGGGGGUUCAAGGGGUCUGCCCAUCCACGAGGAGGUCAGGUUGGGUCCUGCCCUGCUAGCCCCUCCCCACCCCCCGUGUCCCACCCCUAAGCCGUCAAUCAGAUUGUUGAGCAGUAUACAGUCAGAUGAAAAUACUGUAAAUGCACUCAUUGGGGUUUUUUUUUUUUUUUGGUUUUAUUUCAUAUCAUGUGCAAUGUUGUGGCUUUAACAUUUUAUGCAACUAUUUAUGAAGACCUCUGUUGUACCUGUAAUAAAUAUAUAGAAAAAGCACAUAUUCGUACAGUGAGAUUUAUGGUUUUGUGCGUGUGUCGGGGGCGGGGUGGGGGGUGGGGUUCGUAGCCCUGUGCCAUCGGUUCAAGGAGACAACUCUUGGUGAAAUUUGUCAGUUUUGAGGACUGUAAAAAGUGAUUUCAUACUCUGAAUAUAAAACUGGAUAAUAGGGUAAUGUUUUAAAUUUUAUUAUGCUAUUAUUCAGAAUGCCAAAGUAUUAUUUUUUUUCCCAAAAUCAGUCUGGACAUUUCCUACUUUUUAGACUUUUUGACAUUCAACUUUCUGUACAAAAAUUGGCUGGAUUUUGAGAUUUUGGUAAGAAAUAAAAGCCAAUUAGGCACCAGCCGCCUCGAGGCUGGCAUUGAUGUCUGUGGCACUGUAGUGUGGGAGGCCCUCAACAAAAGACGCUGGGUUUCUGGGCACGCUUGAAUUUUUCUGGAUGUCUUUUUAUCUUUGUUGUGUGAAGUACACUUUAAAAAAAAGACCAGCCCGCUUCCCAAGCCAGCCAGACACCUGGGUCUUCAGCCAUAAACUGGCAUAGUUCAAGCUUUGCAGCUUCCAAUGUAUUUUUAUUUAUUCUUUUGUUGAAUUUUUGUUUGUUUGUUCCUUGUAAAAUUGUACAGAAACUUUUUAAAAGAAAUUGGAUUCAAAACUGGAUGUGUAUUCGUAACCUCACAACUUUUAUUUGUGUAUUGUUUCUUUUAUUAUUUCAGUUAAAUUUUUACAUUAUUUUGCAUGUAUAUUUCUUUGUACAGAGACCUUACAUGUUUACACAGUAUGAUGUGAUGUAAAUAUUUUAUUUUGCCAUCAGUUAUUUUAAAAAAUUAAACAUAUUUGCCUGA